CUACGUGUGGCGCGCGCUGAUUGCUCGGUAGGCGUCGGGCGCGCGCUCUGUCACCGGGCGGGCGGAGUUCCCGGCGCGUCGCGCGCUUCAAAGCACAAGCUCUGAGAAAAAGCCGCGGGACUUUUCCGAAACGCAGUCUUUCCAGUGCCAGUGCGCUCAUGAGCUGGGCAGUGCGUACGCCAGUCACACGAAACGUUAAGACACAACUACUUACAAACAGCCUGACAAAAUAUGGAUACGUUAACCGGCGGAUACUGAAUUUCCUAAAUACAUUUGGUGAAGUGCAGGAAAACGAGCUGUGAAGAGAAUGAGUGUAAGAACACACAUGCCAUAGAACUCAUUCAGCAAGGACUGGUGGUCUGGGAACCCUCGUGCACUUUUUUUUUGUUUGCUUUUUGGUUUUCCUCGCAAUGCUGGUUCGCCGUAGUGCCACGGUUUCGUGCGCUCGUGCUCCAAGGCGCGGAUACAAGCGCGUGGACAGCGAGGAGACCGCAGCCAAGAGCCCGAGACUGAGCGAAUGUGCAGGAGGAGACACGGCUCUUUUUCUGGCCGCAUCCCCGGUGUUUCCGCGCAGCGGGAGCGCAGAGUCUGUGUGCGGGGCCGCGGGGCCGUCCCGCAUCGGCCAGUUCUUACUGCUGCCCUCCGUGGACCCGAGCGCUGCACAAAGCGCGUGGGACAUGGACACCGGCGAGGAGCUCGUGUGCAAGGUGUUUGAUAUGGGCCAGUACCAAGAGAAGAUCAGAGCUUACAGCGUGCUGCCAAGACAUAGGAAUAUCGGCCAGAUCAAAGACAUUAUCCUCGGGGAACGCAAGGCCUAUGUAUUUCAAGAGAAGGACUAUGGCGACAUGCAUACUUUUGUGAAGAGCUGCAAGCGUCUGCCUGAAGAGCAAGCCUCAAAGCUCUUUUAUCAGAUAGCCUCCGCAGUGGCUCACUGCCACCAGAAUAGCAUAGUGCUGGGAGACCUGAAGCUCCGCAAGUUUGUGUUUGCAGAUGAGAAAAGGACCCUUUUAAAGCUAGGAGGCCUGGAGGACUGUCGAAUCCUGAGCGGUGAGGACGAUUCAGUUUCAGACACACACGGGUGCCCAGCUUAUGUCAGUCCAGAAAUACUGAGUGGUGGAGGCAGCUACUCAGGGAAGCGAGCUGAUGCCUGGAGCCUAGGCAUCAUGCUCUACACAAUGCUGGCAGGUCGCUACCCGUUCCAUGACUCAGACCCAGCCACGCUCUUCUCCAAGAUACGGCGUGGUGCCUACGGCCUGCCCGAGGGCCUCUCGGCACGGGCACGCUGCCUCGUGCAAAGCCUCCUGCGCAGGGAGCCCAGUGAGAGGCUGAGCGCCGCCGACGUGCUCCUCCACCCGUGGUUCCGCAGUGGCACCGAACAUGACGUCGACGAACAAGAAGUUGGCUUGGCUGAGCAAAGAGUGCCUCAUGUGCAUGUGGAGUUGAACGAGUAUCUUUUCUGCUGACAAAAACUUCUCAAUGGCUCUGAUUUGGACCCAAAUUUGAAGGUUUCUAUAAUUGGAGCAGCACUUUUCCUGAUGAAACUACACCAGGGUUUAAAUUAAAAACCGAACGGUUGUUUAAUUCGGAGUGGGACAAGCAGCUAUUUGGCUGAUGAGACCUCCCUAGUGGUUUGGCUUUGAAACAAAAACUCAGAUGUGCUCUUACGGGUUCUUAAAUUUUAGACUUGGGCACAACCAUAAUUUACAGGCUUUCAAAAGUUAGUCCUCAAUGGUUUGGAUUUGGACCAAAAAAACUGUUUUACACCCUUAUGGAUUCAUAAAUUUUAGACUUGGGAACAUUUGUUAAUAUUAAUUUAUGGGUUCUUGAAAGUGUAUGCAAUUGUGUACAUGCUUAAAGUGCCAUAUUGUCUGUGUUUGGUUAAGAGGCUUGAUGCACACUGGUUGGUGUACAAUGAAGUGAUUUUGGUGCUAAUGACCUCCUUUAUCAUGCUGUAUGAAGUGAGCACUGAGGCAGGGAAGACACAAGGCUGUCAUCAAGAUGACAAACUUCAGCCGAGUCCUGAGGACUCUAAACAUAUUAAAUAAAGAGGGGGAAGGAAACAUGAGCUUAAACUGUAGCUCUAUUCACACUGUCCAGUACCGAGGAACUCACUCUGAUUACAACAGCACCAAAACAUGCAUGGACUCAAAUAUAUAUCUAAAUUGAUGUGGAUGUGUGACAUCGUAACUCUCCAAAAAGGUUUGAAAGGAGUGAAAUGAAAAGGCCAGUCUCGGACCUCUGGUCCUGACAAUGCUUUUGUGGGCAAACGUUGACCAAUACAACAACUAGUAUUGGAUUAACCCUUGUCUAAAGCAUCUACUUUUCAGAGGACUAACCUUUUUCACUCACACUCAAGUCAUUUUUUUGUGUAUGACCUUUGACUUACGUACUACAAGGUAUAUGUGUUAAAAUGUGUUUAAAUGUUAUGUAAUGCUAUGUUAAACUGUAGCCAGUAAGCAACUUUAUACUGCAUAAUAAAAGACUAUUUACAUGGAUACUGAAGGACAGCGAAGGACAUAAGAAUCAUAUCCAUACUGUUAGCAAAUGCAACAUUUCUGUACUUGCAUUAGCAAAACAUGGUGGUUUGAGCACAGUAAACAACAUCAUAGUCUUGACAGUGAAGUGGAUUAAGAUGAGAUUAUUCUGCAUGACGUGGUUGCUGUUUUUUUUUUUUUUGAUCUACUGUAAUCCAAGGUGACUAAUAAACCCACAAUAGCUCAGCCGAAAGGGUAGAACCUAUUUCUGGAGGCUCUAAUGUUUCCUCCCCCUCUGUUGCGGGAAGUUGUACUGUAUGUUACCUCUGAGACAAAGUGCCGGGCUCAUGACAAUGUGAGGUUGCAAAACGACCUGUUCAUACAUUAAGUUUUGACACGGGUGCACAAAGUUCAUAUUGCACUGUGAAUUCUGUAUUUUGUGACACGUCCUCAUGGUUAAAACCACGAGGCCAUAACAGAAAUUAUUCAUGUGUGAAAAUGUGUAAAUAUGUACAUUAUUAAUGUGUGAACAGAUUGAAUAAAGAUGACUUUUUAACAUA